UCCUGGACAUACCACACGGAACCGGGAACAGCAGACUCACACCGUCUUUGUGUCUGUGCACCCACGACAGACCGGGAGCAGAGCAAAUGUUUGCAGAGCUGACUGCGCGCUUGGCCACUGGUGAGACGGACUGUACUGCGGCUGAGAGAGAUUCGGAGGCUGAGCGUCUUAACAUUCCUACUUCUCCGCCGAAGAGCUUCUUUUGAACUACUGUGCGUCCAGACGCACGGCUCAUAUCACGAAACCUUCAUCUCGAUACCCUUCUCAGCGUAUAUAUUUUUUUCAAGUUUCACUCUUGUUUGCUCCGUUAAGUUUUCCGCAUGAAUCUCCUGGACCCGUACCUGAAGAUGGCAGACGGCCAGGAGAAGUCCCUCUCCGGGGCGCCCAGUCCGAGCAUGUCUGAGGACUCCGCGGGCUCGCCGUGUCCGUCCGGGUCCAGCUCCGACACGGAGAACACGCGCCCAACGGAGAACAGUCUGCUGGGACCCGACGGCAGCAAGAAGGAAGAAGACGACAAAUUCCCCGUGUGCAUCCGCGAGGCCGUGUCACAGGUGCUUAAGGGCUACGACUGGACCCUCGUGCCCAUGCCGGUCCGCGUCAACGGCUCCAGCAAAAACAAGCCGCACGUGAAGAGACCCAUGAACGCGUUCAUGGUGUGGGCGCAGGCGGCACGUAGGAAGCUCGCGGACCAGUACCCGCACCUCCACAACGCAGAACUCAGCAAGACUCUGGGCAAACUCUGGAGAUUACUGAACGAGGUGGAAAAGCGCCCGUUCGUGGAGGAGGCGGAGAGACUGCGCGUGCAGCACAAGAAGGAUCACCCGGACUACAAGUACCAGCCGCGGCGGCGGAAGUCGGUGAAAAACGGGCAGGGGGAUCCGGAGGACGCGAGCGAGCAGACCCACGUCUCACCCCACGCCAUCUUCAAGGCGCUGCAGCACGCGGACUCGCCCGCCUCCAGCCUGGGCGACGUGCACUCCCCCAGCGACCACUCCGGCCAGCCCCAGGCCCCCCCCACCCCCCCCACCACCCCCAAGACAGAGGGGCAGAAGCUGGAGCUGAAGCGAGAAGGGCGCCCCCUGCUGGACUCCGCCGGACGCCAGCUCAAUAUCGACUUUCGUGACGUGGACAUCGGCGAGCUGAGCAGUGAGGUCAUCUCCCACAUCGAGACGUUCGACGUCAACGAGUUCGACCAGUACCUGCCCCCUAACGGCCACCCCGGCGCUGGGUCCUACGCUGCCCCCUACAGCCUGGGGAGCAGUGGGGCAGUAGCGGCCGCCUGGCUGCCCAAGAGCCACAGUCCCAGCCCGGGGCAAGUGCAAGGGCAAGCGCAGACCCCCCUGGAUCCCCCCACGCAGGUGCGACCCCCCCACAUCAAGACGGAGCAGCUGAGUCCGAGCCACUACAGUGAGCCUGCUGCCCGGGGGUCAUCGACCCCGCCCCCACCUGGCCCGCCCCCCCCAGCCUCCUACAGCUCCUUCAGCAUGGGUCUGUACGGCCACGCCCCCUCAUAUAGCCCCGCCCCCUCUGCAGACCACACCCCCGCUACAGGCUCCGCCUCCUCUAUAGGCCACACCCCUGCUCCCCGCACUGGGCCGCACUACGACUUCGACCAGCAGGGCAGCAGCAGCGCCUACUACAGCCACGCCACCGCCGGCGUCUCGGCCAAUCAGAGCCUCUACUCCACCUUCAGCUACAUGAGCCCGCCCCACCGGCCCAUGUACACGCCAAUCACGGACGCCGUGGGCGUGGCCUCUGUCCCGCAGACCAAUCACAGCAGCCCACAGCACUGGGAGCAGCAGCCCGUCUACACACAACUCACCAGGCCCUGAGCCGCACACACACACACACACACAGACACACACACGCACACACACACAAACACACACGGGGAAGAGCCGCAGUCAGAUACGAAAGCUGGUCUUCAAACCCUGAACUGAGCUUGCCAUAGGCCCCUUCUUUACACACACACACACACACACAGACACACACACACACACAUGCUCAAAAAUGAGCCAAACACAAUCUCACACACUCCUGGGGAACAGAACUGAACUGACCUGAGCUCUGAUUGCCUGCAGUGCCUUAGUCUCUUGUAGGACUGACCAAUCACAUCAUGUGUUUAGCAAAGACUGACCAAUCACAUCGUCAUCUCUGGACCAAGAUGAACUCUCUGGACAAAGCCGCCUCUGUGAGGUUCUCUUAAUGCCUUUCUACCUAUCUGUCUGUUCACCUGUCUGUCUAUUCACCUGUCUGUCUGUCUGUUUGUCUGUGUGUGUGGCUCUGGGACCUGUUAAAGUGUGUGU